UGCACCUCUCGGCAUUGCCCUCUCUGGCCUAGCGGUCCCGUGCCUCUUGACCGCCAGUUGCUCGCUCCUCCUACGCACGGCCCCUUUAGUGGUGCUGGCUGCCCGCCCACUGCCCGCCCACUGCCCGCCCACUCCCUCUCACCCGUCGUCGCUCGUCGACUCUUCCGUUCCUCGAUCAGUCCCACGAGUCCUCUCCAUCACACCGCCGCUGUGCCGGCCCCUUGAGCGCUCACCACCGAGCGCUGACAACCACCAGAGUCCCAUCACGAGAACCUCCUCCACCAUGGAUCCCCCUCUCGACAACUUCGACUCCUUGUACGCCUACGACGCGGCCUACGACCCCAACCGCCAGCACACCUAUCUGCUCAACGCCCAGCACCACCAGACCUGGCCCUUGCCAGUCUCAGCGUCUCUCCCAAUGUCUCAGCAGAAUGGCCAGCACCAGGAGCAGCACCAGCAACAACACCAGGACCAGCGACGCGUCAACACCAUUGCCGCUUCCGCUGCCCCCAACGGGCUCCCAUCGACCUCCACCGCUGUCGCGCCCUUACAAACGUCGGGCCUCGCAUUUCCCUCGACUAUGACAAUGAACCCGAUGCUGGCGGACUGGAUCGGCAUCUCAUCAAACGCCUUUUCGCAGCAAGCAUACAACACCGACCUGACCUCGUCAAUGGACCCUGUCAGCUUCGCCGCCUACGGGAACCAAUUGCAAACGUCCCCCGUCGACUUCGCCGUAAACACAUCCCAGGGCAUGAUGACAUCUCUGCCGCUGGAGUCUGCACCGCAGUUUAGCAUGAUGCCCUCGACUUCGAUGGGCCUAUCGCAGAUGGCCGCAAUGGCCUCGCAACCGCCCUUUCAGAUGGCCGACUUCCAACAAGAACUCGCAAAUUUCGCAAACACGCACGAUUACACCGCCGCCGCAAACGCCAGCGUGAGCUCCGGCUCACCGACCGAACAGUUCCUCGAAGUGAGGUCACUAUCCAGCAGCGACGGGAGCUGGAUUGAUGUUGGGCCACACCGCAAUUCCCACGAUUUCUCCGACCAGAUCAUCUUCAACCCAGGCCAGGCCCUACACAUCCGCACAAACUCAGACUCUUCCCAACAAUCCGACGUCCCUCGCUCGGCUGGAUCCUUCAGUAGCUUUGAAGAGAUUCAAUUCCCAUUGCACUCCCCACAGUCGGAAGCCGAAAACAGCUUGGAAAUGGUACCUUCCCAUUCGCACAGUCACUCGGACUGCACUUCUCACUCUCACUCUCACUCCCAUUCUCACUCUCAGCCCCUCAAUGUCGCUCCGAACGGACUGCCCAUGACCGAUCCGGCCUUCGCACAUUACAUCUCUCCCACCCAGUCAGUCAGUCCUCCGGUUGCUCGCGCUGAGCCCGUCGCGAUCAAGCAGACAGCAUCCAGCUCGGCCUCCCCUACAUCCUCCGGAGGCAGCUCACCGCCAUCACGCCGCCGCAAGAGCCCGGUUGGGGCGAAACCCGCAAAGACCAUCGUGAAGAAGCCAGCCCACUCGACCAAGAAGGACCACAUGGGCGAGAAGCGCGUCGGCAAGCGGACCGGUCCUCUGCGUCCGGACCAGCGCCAGCAGGCCCACGAGAUCCGCAAGUUGCGUGCUUGCUUGCGAUGCAAGUUCCUCAAGAAGACGUGCGACAAGGGUGACCCGUGCGGCGGAUGCCAGCCCUCUCACGCCCGCCUCUGGCAAGUGCCUUGCACCCGUAUCGACAUCAAGGACAUUGCCUACUUCAUGAAGGACUGGAAGGCGGAUUACGAGCGCCAUGUCAGCCUGGGCUUCUCCGUCGGCAACAUCAAGGGUUUCUCGCCGCAUGAGCGUAUGAUCUACAUCACCCAUGGAUACGGUCACUACCUUCCCAUCAUGGCACGAGAGGUCUAUGUCCGUGACGAGAAGUGCUUCGGCGUUGACUGGAUCGAGACAUUGCACGGCGUCCAUCAGUUCGAGAUCAACACGGCCAAGUUGUCUGCGGGCAUGGAAGGCAUCUCCCACCAGGUUCUUUCCGACUAUCUCGACCGCCAUGUGGAUGGUGGCUUUGAGCGCUUCGUGGACGAGUACUUUGAGGGUACUUACUUCGUCACCGAGGUAUUGAAGACGGCCUAUCGCUUCUAUUGCCGCGAGAAGCUUCCUGUCCUCCGCAAGGCGCUGAAGCUCGUCAUUGCCUACAACCUCACUCUGCACGUCACCAUGGUGGAAGGCCUUCCCGAGGAUGAGCGUAACCUAGGAAGGGUGGAGGAUGAGAAGUCCAAGUUCUGCGGCAAGACCGUCGCUCCUGUCAUGAUCAACUUCCAGGUCAAGUGUGCGUUAGCUGACAUGUGGCGUGAGCUGCAGAAGGAUGUGCUCGAGGAGCUGUCUGCGCUCUACUCCUCCGUCUACAGCGGCGACAAGCUGAAGAACUGGCCGACCAUCUUCAUGCUCGCUGCCAUCCUCCUCGCCGUCUGGGAGCUCAUCCAGUUUGACUGCUCCUACCGGGUCCCCGACCAGCAGGCUGUCAACAAGUUCCUCAGCGACAUGGAGGGUACGCCAGUCGGUGUCAUUGUCGGUUUGUUUUCGGCCAUUUCUCAGAAGCUCCCUGCAUUUACUGAGUGGGACACGCGGAAACACCACCACCUCCUCAACUCCAAUCCAGCGGUGUGCGAUGCCAUGACCGAAGUCCGUGCGCACGUUACCAAAUAUGAGUCCUACCUGAGGACCCGGAGCGAUUGCAAGUUUGACCGUUCCGACUUCGACUGCUUGUCGAACAAGUUCCUGUCGAAGCUGGUCAUUCGGGCUAACUAAAGUCUUCCUGUCAUUUUCAUUCGACACGACUGCAUUUUCACCCUUCCUCCCUUCAUCACCACCUCAUCACCGGCCCCAACAUCACCUUACCCUGUCACGGACUGACGACAUAUGGCAUGAUGACGCUUGUGUCUUUUUGGAUAUAUGCUCCUCACUUAGAUUCCCCGGCAUCACGAUAUGCCAUGUUUACGGCCU